CUCAGGAGUAAGUUCACGUAAUAACAUUACUCAAAGCCAUCUACCAACAACGUUAUGAGUAUGUCGACAGGUUAGCUGGGCUCCUCCGCAAGGCCAGCUACAGGCCAGGCUCGCUGAAUCCAGUGCGUUAGCCAAGCCGUUGUCGCGGCAGGUGCGUGGAGUGGUCAUCGAAGGUGUCCGUACGAUCAGCAUAAUUCGAGUUUGGCUCGAUUACCAGGAGUAGCGGUAAAACGGAAACGAGAAUGCAACCGAAGCAAUGCAUAGGAAUACUCGACACGUUUGGUUGAUGCAGUCCUAUGGCGGCUUGACAUACGCCAUGGCGUAUCCACACAAAACGACCGCGUCGAAUGAUGAGUACCGUGCGAACGUGGCAUCCGGGCCAAAGGAUGGUCGGCACGUUGCGCCAAAAUUGGCGCCGACGAUCGUUGCAGUCCACGUGUGAAUGCUUGCAUGUUCUGAUUCACAUUAAUGGCCAGGCCGGUUGACCUCAUGACGGGAAACUCCACAUUCAAUUGGCAAGGGCGACGGAUCGAUCCAGUAAACGACGCCGCCGUGCAUGGACACAGCUGUCGUUCGAAAGCAAGGAGGCCUUCAAUGACUGGCAGGCCUUACUUGGUGCAAUAUGGGAGACCUCCACGCGUUGUCCAUCAAGUCCUCGCCCUCGGUGGCCACCACGCUGGAAGGGAUCGAUGGGAUCAUGUCGAACGAGAAUAUGAACGGCCUGAUUCACAUGCAUGCGACGUGACAGGUGGCAUGGGGAUACUGUACGAGCUCGAACAUGGCGGCAUAGACACACACCCCGUCACGGACAUAAUGACGUGGCCUUCCGUCGUUGCUUGUUGGGAAUACUCCAAGUACUUGCCGAGGGUCGCGCCGUGGAGUGCAUGAUGGUGAACAGAGAGACCCAAGGCUCAGCAGACGUCCAGGCAUCGCUCAUGUGACGAGGCGGAGAGCGGAGACCUCAUGAGGCUUGCAGGGGGGAGCGUCGAUAUUGAAAACUGACUCGGCCAUGUUGUCCUUACGACCACCAAUUCCGCAUCUUCGCAAUGCCACGAUUGCCCAACGUUCCGACGACCGAAAUCCCCCCAUCAUCCGUCGAAGGAUCCAUACUACUACUAUUUUCGCCGAC